GCCGGGGUUCCAGCCCUGUCGGAGGGGUAGCGGCAGUUCCCCCAACGCGCGCUGGGGUGCACACUGCCCCACGGCCCGCCCGCCCUGCGCAGGGAGCCGCAUGCUGCGUCCUCUCGGUCCCGCGGACAUCGACCGCUGCCUCAGACCCUGACGCCCCUGAACCCAUGUCCCUGUAACUCCGACCCCCUUGAACCCCACGUCCCUGUAACUCUGACGCCCCUGAACCCCACGUCACUGUAACACCGACGCCCCUGAAUCCCACGUUUCUGUAGCACCUACUCCCUCGAACCCCAAGUCUUUAUAGCACCGGCUUCCCUGAAUCCGACACCCCUGUAACACCGACUCCCCUGACGUGACUCCCGAACAUGACACACCUGUAACACUGAUGCCUCCUAACGCCAAUGUUCUAGUAACCAACGAUCUCCGACUCGACGCUCCCUAACCCUAAUGCCACUGUAAUACCAGACACUCCCUAUCGGUAACUGCCCCCUAACCCUGGCACCCCCUCAAUACCCUGAUGCCUCUAUAAUGCUUACGCUUUCCUAACCUCAAUGUCCCAGCCAUGACACUCCCUAAUCCUGAUGCCUUUAUAACUCCGAUGGCCCCCUAACUCCUACACCCUCUGAUAUUCCUGUUCCCUAACCCAGACACCUCCUAACCUGCCAGUUCCCUAACCCCGUUAUUCCCCAAGUCUUACAGCCCUAAUCCUGACAUCCUCCAAGCCUGACAGCCCCCUAACCCCACUGGCCUUAACGCCAUUCCCCUUGACACCCAGGGCCCUCCAGGUCGCCAGUCCCGAGGCCCAGGCCUCCAUUCUGCGCUGGGUUGCCUUCCUUCUGUUACAGGGCUGUCCCAGGUGGAGCCUGGCAGGUGCCAGCGGGGUGAGCACCCCAGCACAAGUCGGGGAGCGGGGAGCUGGGGACACUGUCCUGAUCAGGGCAGUAGUGGCUGCAGAGCUAGGGACCUGCUGGCCCUUGAGGAGACUCACCUGAGAAGGAAGGGUUUCCCAGUUAGGACGAAGAGGGCACAGGACGUGUGACCCCAUACCUGCCUCUCCGACUUCCUGGAGUGGGAUUUUGGAAGAGAUAAACCUCCCUUGCUACUGCUUUCCUAAGGGGCCUGGGAGCCACCGGCCAAAGACCCCAGACCUAGCUUUUCCCUACGGUACAGAGGCCAGGUGAGCAGGGCCAGUCCCCAAGUUCAUCAUCCCUGGACCCAACACACCCACCUGAGGGCUCAGCCACAUUGGAUGGGAUAUCCCCAGGCACCUCCCACUGGGUAGGGUCUGUCCCAGCCUGCCACUGCCCAGCCAGCCCCUCCGCAGCUCCGGUACCGUUAGCACUAGGCUUGGGCCCAGCUGCUCCCAGUGCCCUUGGCCAGCUGGGCGAGGGGCAAGGGGCGGAGACUUGGCUGCUAUUCUAGGGAACAGGCAGCCACACAAAGGCUGUUGUCGAAGAGGGGCAUGGCUCUCAUGCUUCCGAAAAAGUAGCUUUUCUUCAUGAAGACGGAUUCACCUAGGUUUUCUUCCCAGGGAAACGGCAUUUAACAGGGAAGGAGCCCUGGGAGUGCCUGAGAACACGGUUCUCCCAUGUGAUCGCAAGCCGCUGGGACCCCUGCCUCACCUGAGCCAGCCUGCCUGCUUUUCACCCCGACCAUUUGUGUCCUUUCAGCCAUGGAGCGUGAGGAGGAUGUCAGCCCGGAGGCUGGCGUCUGUCUGGUCCCUUCCCUGCACUCCUGGUGGCUGCAGUGGAUAGAGCAGCUCCCGCCACCCACCAUGCUGAUGGGGAUGGCGAUCGGAGCCGUCCUGGCCUUGGCCUUCGCUGGCGCCGCUGUCCUCGUAUACAGGAGGUCUGGCCGAUCCCGCCACAUGCAGCCCACGCCCCAGUACAGGUUCCGGAAGCGGGACAAAGUGAUGUUCUACGGCCGGAAGAUCAUGAGGAAGGUGACCACACUCCCCAACACGCUUGUGGGGAGCACGGCCGCCCCCCGGCAGCGGGUGAGGAAGAGGACGAAGGUGCUGUCUUUGGCUAAGAGGAUCCUGCGUUUCAAGAAGGAGUACCCCACCCUGCAGCCAAAGGAGCCACCACCCUCCUUGCUGGAGGCCGACCUCACGGAGUUCGACGUGAAGAACUCGCACCUGCCGUCGGAAGUUCUCUACAUGCUGAAAAACGUGCGGGUCCUGGGCCACUUUGAGAAGCCACUGUUCCUGGAACUCUGCAAACACAUGGUGUUCGUGCAGCUGCUCGAAGGGGAGCAUGUCUUCCGGCCGGGCGAGCCGGACACCAGCAUCUAUGUGGUGCAGGACGGGCGGCUGGACGUCUGCAUCCAGGACACGGACGGCACUGAGGUGGCGGUCAAGGAGGUUCUGGCUGGAGACAGCGUCCACAGCCUCCUCAGCAUCCUGGAUGUCAUCACCGGCCACACCGCGCCGUACAAAACCGUGUCUGCCCGUGCCGCCGUCCCAUCCACUGUCCUCCGGCUUCCAGCAGUGGCCUUUCAAGGCGUCUUUGAGAGAUACCCUGAAACCCUGGUGAGGGUGGUGCAGAUCAUCAUGGUGCGGCUGCAGAGGGUCACCUUCCUGGCCCUGCACAACUACUUGGGGCUGACCACGGAGCUCUUCAACCCCGAGAGCCAGGCCAUCCCCCUCGUGUCUGUGGCCAGUGUGGCCGCCGGAAAGGCCAAGAAGCAGACGUGCUGCGGCCCCGAGGAGAGGCCCGACAGGCCGCUGCGGCCCCAGGAGUCCUGCGACCCAGCAGACCGUGGGGGCCGUGUGGUGGCCUCUGGGCCUCUGUUGAAGAGAAGUCACUCCGUCCCGCUGCCCUCCAUCCAUGAGGAGGUCUCGGACGAGCUCAGCAAGGCCCAUGCCGGCGACCAGGCUGCUUUGGCCCCACCAGGGGGCACAGCAGGUGCCAGCUCAGACCCCAAGGUGGGCUCUGACCGCUCCAGGGCCCUCCUGCACGCAGACGAGCGCCCCGAGAGCACCGUGCCCGGCAAGUCCAAGAAGAGCGUGACUGUCGCAGAGACGCCCUCUGCGGUCUCCCGCCAACCGGAGAGCGAUGCUGCCGAGACUGUCGCCAGCACGAAGACAGAUGCCAUCCUCAGAGCUGCCAAGAAGGACCUGCUCACCCUGAUGAAGCUGGAUGACCCUUCUCUGCUGGACGGCCGUGUGGCGCUGCUCCACGUCCCGGGCGGCACGGUGGUGUCAAGACAGGGAGACCAGGACGUGAACAUUCUCUUCGUGGUCUCGGGGCUGCUGCACGUGUACCAGCGGAGGGUCGACAGCGAGGAGGACACCUGCCUGUUUGUCACACGCCCCGGGGAGAUGGUGGGCCAGCUGGCCGUGCUCACUGGCGAGCCCCUCAUCUUCACCAUCAGGGCCAACAGGGACUGCAGCUUCCUGUGCAUCUCCAAGGCGCACUUCUACGAGAUCAUGCGGAAGCAGCCGACCGUUGUCCUGGGCGUGGCGCACACAGUGGUGAAGCGGAUGUCGCCCUUCGUGCGGCAGAUCGACUUCGCGCUGGACUGGAUGGAGGUGGAGGCCGGGCGUGCAGUGUACAGGCAGGGGGACAAGUCGGACUGCACCUACAUCGUCCUCAGCGGCCGGCUGCGCUCCGUGGUCCGGAAGGAUGACCUCAAAAAGCGCCUGGCUGGGGAAUAUGGCCGUGGCGACCUCAUCGGUGUGGUGGAGACGCUCACACACCAGCCCAGGGCCACCACCGUGCAUGCCAUCCGCGACUCGGAGCUGGCCAAGCUCCCCACAGGGGCCCUGACCUCCAUCAAGCGCAGGUACCCACAGGUUGUGACUCGGCUGAUUCAUCUCUUGGGUGAGAAGAUUCUGGGCAGCCUUCAGCAGGGAACUGCAACAGGUCACCAGUUCGGGCUACACUCUGCAGGUGGCAAGUGGGACUCGGGGAUCCCCGCCAGCAACCUCUCUACGGUGGCCGUCAUGCCUGUGUCGGAGGAUGUGCCCCUCACCGCCUUCGCCCUGGAGCUCAAGCAUGCCCUCAGUGCCAUCGGCCCCAUCCUGCUGCUGACCAGUGACAACAUAAAGCAGCGCCUUGGCUCUGCUGCUCUGGACAGUACCCACGAGUACCGGCUGUGCAGCUGGUUGGGGCAGCAGGAGGACAUCCACCGAAUCGUGCUCUACCAGGCAGACAGCACGCUCACGCCUUGGACCCAGCGCUGCAUCCGGCAGGCAGACUGCAUCCUCAUCGUGGGCCUGGGCGAGCAGGAGCCCACAGUGGGCGAGCUGGAGCGGAUGCUGGAGAGCAAGGCCGUGCGCGCCCAGAAGCAGCUGAUCCUGCUGCACCGGGAGGAGGGGCCGGCCCCGUCCCGCACCGUGGAGUGGCUGAACAUGCGUAGCUGGUGUUCCGGCCACCUGCACCUCUGCUGCCCGCGCCGCGUCUUCUCCAGGAGGAGCCUGCCCAAGCUGGCAGAAAUGUACGAGCGGGUCUUCCAGAGGCCCCCAGACCGCCACUCGGAUUUCUCCCGCCUGGCGCGGGUGCUGACCGGCAACGCCAUCGCGCUGGUGCUUGGAGGAGGGGGAGCAAGGCACUGUGCCCAGAUUGGGGUCCCACGGGACGUGUCCUUCUGUGGCAUUCCUGUGGACAUGGUCGGAGGCACGUCCAUCGGGGCCUUCAUGGGCGCCCUGUACUCUGAGGAGCGGAGCUACAGCCAGAUGCGGAUCCGGGCCAAGCAGUGGGCUGAGGACAUGACGUCGAUGAUGAAGACCGUGCUGGACCUGACCUACCCCAUCACCUCCAUGUUCUCGGGCGCCGGCUUCAACAGGAGCAUCUGCAGCGUCUUCAAGGACCGGCAGAUCGAGGACCUGUGGCUCCCCUACUUCGCCAUCACCACGGACAUCUCAGCCUCCGCCAUGCGGGUCCACACGGACGGCUCCUUGUGGAGGUACGUGCGUGCCAGCAUGUCCCUGUCGGGCUACAUGCCCCCCCUCUGUGACCCCAAGGAUGGACACCUGCUGAUGGACGGGGGCUACAUCAACAAUCUCCCAGCGGAUGUGGCCAGGUCGAUGGGUGCAAAGGUGGUGAUUGCCAUCGAUGUGGGCAGCCGGGACGAGACGGACCUCACCAACUACGGCGAUGCACUGUCUGGGUGGUGGCUGCUGUGGAAGCGCUGGAACCCCUUGGCCACGAAAGUCAAGGUGUUGAACAUGGCGGAGGUGCAGACGCGCCUGGCCUACGUGUGCUGCGUGCGGCAGCUGGAGGCGGUGAGGGACAGCGACUACUGCGAGUACCUGCGCCCCCCCAUCGACAGCUACGGCAGCCUGGACUUCGGCAAGUUCGCAGAGAUCUGCGAAGUGGGGUACCAGCACGGACGGACAGUAUUUGACAUCUGGUGUCGAAGUGGUGUACUGGACAAGAUGCUGCAGGACCGACAGGGAACCAGCAAGAUGAAGGCGUGCGACGUCCUCACCUGCCCCAACGCCUCCUUCACGGACCUUGCCGAGAUUGUGUCACGCAUCGAGCCCGCCAAGGUGGCUGUGGUGGACGACGAAUCUGACUACGUCACGGACUGCGAGGAGGUGCUGCCGGACAGCCCCCCCGACGCCUUCACUGGCUUCCAGCGCAUGCCGGCCGGCCUGGGCUCUGACUCGGUGAGCUGCAAGGGUCCCCGUGCCCUGCAGCCCAGGGCCAGCCCUCAGGCUCGUCCCCGCCUUGACCGUGAGCUGUUUGCUUCUAGGAAGAUGAGCCCUCGCCUUCGCACCAGCACCCCGGUCUGGCUUCCCCAAAGUCGUCCCAGGACGCCCUGUCCCCCUGGCCCUGUGGCCAAGAUGGGUAGAGUGACUGUCACUCCCUGCAGCUGGCACCUCCUGGGGGAAACCCGGCUGGGGUGUCUUGGGCCUCUCUGCACUGGCAGCUCCUGGCGGGGCACUCAGUCCUGGCAGCCCCUGCACACCCAGCAGCCCUGGGGUGCGCCAGCACCCGCCAGCACCCUGAGGCCUCCGAGAGGUGUCGGAGCUCCAGUGCCUCCAUUUAGCGUGUCAAUAAAGGUACAUCUGAUUGUGUGGGACGCGUCGUCCCUCCGCCGAGCCCAGUGGCAGGCAGCAGCCCCAAGAAGCGCCUGGCUGCAGGCCAGGUGGGCGUGGCAUUGCCUGCCCUCCUGGAGGUCGCCAUGUGGGGACCCCAGGCAGCCCUCUGCUGUGACUUGAGACCCCUGGGGAACUCUGGGCCAGGCA